CAGUGAAAUGUCUCAGUGAAUUUGCUGUGUAUGGCCUGCUCCUUUUGAAUUCAGUCGUUUGGAAUUUUUGGUUGAAUUCUGGGUUAUUUCAUUCACUUGGAUAAUUGGCAAGUUGUGCCACUGGUUAGUUCUGAUUUCAGCCAUUUUUUUUUUCUGUCACCAGUAUUUGCCACAGGUGAUGGGUUGUUUCGCCUCACUGCAACCCCAUAGAUAGAUAAUAUCCCAAAGCACCCAGUCCAGGUUUCUGUUUGGUGUCACCAGGUGGUUUCGACAGAUAUCAUGAAUGUAUUAGAAGCUGAAUUUUGUAGCUCAUCCUCACUGUAAAUAUUGCAACAAGUAGCUUUUAAUUGCUGUUACUUGUCUGGAAAUGACUGAUUAAGUCCAUGGCCCGUUCUCUCGUUCAUUUUUGGUGCUCCUUUUCUUUGAACCCCCUCCCCUUUAGUGCCACUGUACAGUCAAAAUGAUAUCACCUCUAACCUGAUGCUUUUUUUGUCCACGUGACUUGGUGCUGGAUGGCUACUGAGUUUAUUAAUUUGGUUUUGUAUGUUUUUUCUGUGUGAUUAUGUGUGCAUAUCAGAUGACUAGACUGGCCCAGCUGUUACACUACACUAGCCUGAGUCAGGCAUUGUUUUCCAAGCCACUAUCCCCGAUCGGGCCAACGCAGCCUUCAAGGGGGAAUGUGACCAGGAGAAUAGCCCGCUGAACCUUCCAAGAUGGACACCUUGUCUCUUUUAUUUAUUUAUUUUUCUUUUGGUUUGUUUCCUUUCAUACUUUCCCAUGUUGUCCACUCUCUACUGUCUCUAUUUAGAAAAAAAACUGCCGUAUUGCUUAUCUCUAGCAUUGUGUUUAUAUUUGUUAUUUUGGUUUGUUGUUUUGAUUAUUGUCCAACCCCCUCCCCCCUCUCUCUUUCUGCUACAGCUGCAGCUUGUGUGUGAUUGAAUUCUGUCCAGGUUGCUACGGCAUACCGGUGGGACGUGUAUCACACAUGGGAUGUUAGGAGGAGCACUAACACUUUUACUCUCUUGUCUCCCACACCGUAGUGAGGGGGCUAGUCUUUGCGAAAAAGUGAGACCCAGUAAUGAAAACUUUAUCUCAUUUCAACAGAAAAUCUUUACAGUUAUAUUUGCUCUUCUGAUCUGUCCUGAAAUCUGUAGUAGAGGGCACCGUUUAGAAUUUUUUCCUCACAUUACUAGACUGCGCCUCUGAUACGGAUGUGUUUGUGUUUAGCUAUAGGACAGAAAUGAUCAGUUUAGCAUCAUUUUCUCUUCAUGACAUCCAUUAAUGCUUGGUGUCGUUAAUGCUUUGUUUUGAAAUAUAUUUCCUAGCACUAGAAGGAAAUCUGUUGUGUUUAACAGACUGUAAUACAUGCUCAGUCCCCUCAACUAUAAUGAAAUGGAUUUGUAGCUUUUUUUUGUGUCUUUUUAAGUAUUAAUCUCCUCUCCAGCAAAGAAGCAGAUUAGAAUCCAGAGAGGAAUGAGCAAAAUUCCUAAUUCGUUGUUUUUUGUUUUUUUUUUUUAUAGCUGAGUUUUGGCUAACCUUUCCUACAGUUCUUAAAAUUGUUGUUCUUUUCUGUAUCUGAUGUUCUGUGUGCUAUUAGUGAUGCAGCCAUUGGGGUUGUCUUGUGUUGCACACCUUUCCAACACUGCGAAACGAUCGCCCCACGGAAAAGCGCCCAUGCUUGAUAUCGUAUGGUUCAUGACCAAUAUGUUUCCAGUACAGGGAAAAUCCCGGAGGAGGCCAAGGCUUUGUCACUUUUGGCACCUGCCACCCCGGUACCCAGUCUGAUUCCUGGCGGGGGAUUGCUACCAAUUCCUACUCCAGCUCCACUUCAGAAUCUGAACCUUCCCUUAGUGAAUCGGACAUCAGCUGGUCUCGACUCGACAGCAUCCGUACACUCCCAGCCCCCGCUCGUCGGAAACGUGGAUCCCUCAAAAGUCGAUGAGAUCAGGAGGACGGUUUAUGUUGGCAACUUGAACUCGCAGACCACCACUGCAGAGCAGCUGUUGGAGUUCUUUAAACAGGUGGGAGAUGUGAAGUUUGUACGUAUGGCUGGAGAUGAGACCCAGCCAACACGUUUCGCCUUCGUAGAGUUCGUUGAGCAGGACUCCGUCGCCAGAGCCCUGACGUUCAAUGGAGUCAUGUUUGGAGACAGGCCCCUGAAGGUUAAUCAUUCCAAUAAUGCCAUAGUAAAACCCCCAGAGCUGACGCCACAGGCUGCUGCUAAAGAGCUAGAAAGUGUGAUGAAGAGGGUGAGGGAAGCCCAGUCUACCAUUGCUGCUGCCAUAGAACCAGAAACAAAGAAACGUUCCUCAAGCCGGUCAAGAAGAUCGCGGCGGUCACGCUCCCGUUCACACUCAAAAACACGGAGGAAAAGGUCUCGUUCAAAACACAGCAGACCAUCACAGAGGUCGUGGCCAGGGAGUGACUCCCACAGUUCCAGAGGGAGUCACAGGAGGCGCUCUCGCUCUAGAGACAGGAGACGCAGCCAGAGUCGCUCCAGAGGCCACAAAAGGAGGAGUAAAGAACGGUCCAAGAGCCCUCGAAGGAAAGUCAGAUCACCUUCACCAAAAAGAGGUAAGAGAGAGAAGAGGAGGGAGCGCAGCAGGGACAGAAAGGAGCGUUCCACAUCGAGGAAGAGGAGUCGCAAAGACGAGGACAGGAUGAAGAGCAAAGCCAAGCCAAUGAAGGUGGAAGUGGACUAUGACAGAGAAGAGAAGGAAGAGUAUGAAAGCGACAGAGAAGACUCAGCCACACCAAGCGAGGACAUGACGUCGUCACCCUGCGCUCAGCACAACGGCAGCUACAAGACUCACCAUGAGCAGGAUGUCUCUAUGGAGUCACACAGCACCAAGUGACUGUUAGAGCACCGUGGACACUACUCCUGCUCCAGCAAAGUAUCCUAACGCCCAUUAUGUGCGUAUACAUGCAUAAACACUGAAUAACCACUUAACAGUUACACACAUCUCUCAUCAUCAUCUCCUGAUUUCCUCCUUUUGAUACAUUCUUGGCGACACAGAUCCUGUAGUUAACUCAAAUUCCACCUAAAGGGUAAGUGAGCGCUCGGCACACAAAAAUCUACAAGCUCAGAAACUACUCUAUAGUCGAUGCAACACAUCAAGAAAAACAGCAGUGUUUGUUUAAAGGCAGUGAAAUUUGAUCACGUAAUGUUCCACAGAUCCUGCAAUGUCCUUGUUGCUUGAAGACCUGAAUUCCUUUCUCUGUAGGUAUAAAGCUAGAUAGUGACCAGAGGAGAUUGAAAACAUAUACAGGCCUGAGCCAGCUUCAGAGGCUCCUCCUAGUUUGUCACAAGAGAGUCACUUUUCAGGCAGAGAUCUCACAAAAAAACAGAACACACAGUCAUUUCUCAAUCACAUUGAAGCUGGAUUUCAACUGUGGUUUUGUCUCUGAUUUGCAUGGAUCUUGACUAUGAGCUUGAGUAGUUCAAAAAGCCUUUUAUUUCUCCAAGAUCAGCAUUUUGUAGUCAGUCUUUAUUACAUAUACCAUUUUUUUUUAAAGUUUUUGUCUUCAUAUUGAAACAGUCUGCUUUAAUAGUAAUAAGAUUAAUUUAUUUGUGGAAUCAGCGUUUUGCCUUCAUUACUAUGAUACAGUUCAUGUCUGUAGUGCAUGAGAAGCGGUUUAAGUUCCCAAAUACUUAAGAGGAAGGAGACUAGAAGCCAUUUGUGGUCCUAAGGAGAGAAAUAUUGAUUUAAUAAGUAGCUUUUUAUACUAAGUGUUAAAAAUGGCAACACAAUUAAAAACUACGGUAAAGGUGUAUUACCCUUGAAGUGAUUUUCUAAAGACAAUCUGCAACUGGUUCUGUCUGUAUCUAUUAACUGAGGCUACGUCUACACUAAUACAUGUCAUCUUUAAAAAGCAGAACUUGUGCUCCAUUCACACCAAUCAAACACACUACUGCAACAUUUUAGGACCCCUAAAGUUGAGACUUUUGCAAAAACACAGACUUUUGGAAACUGAAGCAGAUCUCUAUAGGGUUUUACUGUCACAAUGUCCCUUACUCAUCACAUUUCUAUCACAUGAGCGUUUCUGGUUCCCAGCCUUGACUGUCAGUGGUUAAUUGAACAAAGAUAACUAACUAGGCUAUAGGUGUUGCUGACCUUGUUGUCCACUAGCAGAUGUUGCGCUGUGAAACAACUCUCAGCUUUUUUUUUUGUUCUUCCUCUGUAGCAUUUUCUACAACUAAGCAAACAACGUUUACACUAGAAGCCACAUGCCCACCAGUGUAAAUGAAUGGUCAUGUGAAGUGUUUACUCAGACACAUUAGGAUGCACAGAGAUCAUUUCUGAAACGGUGCUAAAAUGCUCGUCAGGACCGAGAUCGGUAUCAUUUUAAAGGAAAACUUACGGCUGUAGCCUGAGUAUAAAAAUAAACGGAGGACUUUGAUUUUAAGGGUGUUCUUGAAUCUUCUUUAGUUGUAAAUGUCUUAGAACCCUUUCUCUCCUUUGGCCUUCAGCAGUGGCAUCUAAACAGGAGCUUUAUACUGUACGUCAUGUCAGCUACAUUUAUCAGUACGUUAAACAUAAAAUUCAUAAUAAUUGUAAUAUGUAUAAACACCAGCUUUUAUUGUGUCUAAGCUGAAAAGCUAAGAAUUUAAAUUUUGGGGGGUUUUUUUGUGCAAUAUGUGCCCUAACCAUCUGACUAUCAGGAAUUUACUAAGAAUAUAUUUAAUGGGUAAACCUGAAACUAUCAAUCACAAAGGGUUCGUAAGAGACCAGUAUAAUUGUACCUAAAGCAUCAUUUUUAACUUCACAGUUUGACAACAAGUGAGGUAAAACUAAAACUUCCUUCAGGCUGCCUGAGGCCUUGUGGGGUGUAACCUGCUCUGGCUGUUGUGUGACUGUAACGGCAACCUCCCAUGUCUAGUUUGCUUAUUGACCGAGUGAAGCAAUGCCACAAUACAGGGUCCCUGCUGUUGACCCCUCGGUGUUGGGAUUAAGUAAAACAAACAGACUUUUGCUGAUGCUGAAAUGCUCAUUUGCCCUUUGUGUGUGUUGAAGGAAUAUCUGAGGUCUGUGAAGUGUCCUUUAUUUCCUGUUUUGCAGCAUCACGUGGGAACUGCAGCAUUUUGCAAAAUAUAUGGUGAUUUUAUGACUUGAAGUGCUAUAAUUAUGAAAUUGCAGAUUAUGUUCUUGCUGUGUUGUAAAAAAAAAAAUCUCAUUUGGUCAACAUGAUGAAAACAUUGCUUUGGUUCCUGUUUUUGUUUGUGUGGGUGUACAUGUAUUUUGCAUUUUUUUAUUUUUCUGAUUGGUGGUUGCAGCAAGAUCACAAUGUCAUGUCAAAUUAUGUUCCAUUGUCCUGUUAUUGUUGUAAUGCUGUGAGACAAAAACUAUUUGCUGUUUUAUACACACACUCGACACAGGCCUGUACUGUAAAACGACGGCAGGUGUGCAAAAUGUCUGUCGGCUCAUAUUACUGGAGAAAGCGAGGAGCUGAAGGUUUCGCAGUCUAGAUGAGGCUGAAUAUGAACUGUCACAGGUCAACAAACUGCAUGCAAGCACAGAAGGGUCAUAAAGUGCCUAGACUCAGAUUGUACAGAAUAUUCUAAUAAAAUAUGGAGACUUGUUUAGGAUGUUGAAUAGAUAAAUCUAAUGAUGUGGUAUAUUAAAGUAUUGUAAGCUGUCCUUAGUGAUUAAUAGACUAAACAUUCAUGGGACUCCUUUGUUUUCUGGUUUAAUGUUUGUUUUCCGUCACUUUUGAUGUUGCAGUUUGCAAGUGUUGUGAUUCAGUCAUAAAAUGUCUGCAAACUGGUCCCAGAUCAAGAUCAGUGUUUUUUUAAGUGUCUGUGGAGGCUUGCUAUAUUUUAAAAGGAGACUUUAUGGCAGUGUUUGCCAAAUUCCACUGGUUUUAUUGUUGUUUUUAUUUCUGUCUCCUGCUCUUUUCCGUUCAGUUUAAGGUGGUGAACUUGUGGUUAAAGUUUAGUAAAGAGCAGUUCAGACAGUAUAUGAGGAAUUGUAUUUUUAAUAUCUGUGUGUCCUGGUAGAUACUGCAGAGACGUGAUGGUUUGCUUCAGGGUGAUUGGCUGCUUGAUACUGCGUUUGGGACUUGAUGUACAGGUUUGGUGAAAAUGUCUGAAGAGCUUUGGAUGUAUGCUACAUGAUCCUUGUCAGUUUGAAUCUAACAACACAUCUGAUCUCUUUCCAAAAACACUCAAUAAUAAAGCUUUUCAUUCAGUUAA